UUCGCUCACAUGUCAAUAUGCACGAAAUAAUGGAGUGGAAGAAAAAUAUAUGUUUAUGGUUAAUUUCAACAAUCAUUACGUACUUUCUAAAUUACGUCCAGAUCACAAUAUGAAAGGACAAAAUUAUCAACAUUAAACCAUUUCAUCCCACUAUUCCUAUCAGAUGCAUUAAUAUCACAGAGCGUAGAAGAACAACGACCAUAAAGUAUGGAGAAGCCGAGAAAACUUCCGAAGCAGCAUCCAGCAACCGUCUUCGACUCAAGAAGCAUGUGUGAAGAAAAGCGGGAAUACAAAUUAUUCGGAGUUAAUCUUUUUGUAUCUGUCACUCAUCUCCCAUCAGCACUGUCCACUGACUGACUGGUGCUUGGUGCUGCAGCAUCCUCGUGAGAGAUACCUGAGCCUCCUCGGAGAGUGUCGCGAUCUCGUCAACCACGGCGGACGAGACUUCUCUGAUGGUUGACUCAAUCGUAAUCAAACAGUUUAUCUAAGUAAACAGACGUUAAUGGUUGCUCAAGCGCGCGCUCUCCAACGGCUACCGGAUACGCGUGAUCUUUUUGGAUGCUGGCGUUUGAAAUUACGCGCGCAAGGAAAAACGGUGAUAAAUUAGGGAAAAUUUGGAGUGAUUGAACUAUGGGAUUUAGUGAUAUCAAAAUGAGUGAUUUGAACUUUCUUCCCAAAAAGCACACCAACUUUAGCAUAGAAAAUAUCUUACUGCGAAACAAUGCCACUGCGACCUCCAAGACACUUGAGUUAGAACAAAAAGUGGAUCUUACAGUGAAGACCUGUAUCAAGUACGAACGAGAUGACCUCAAAAAUGCCACCGUGGUGUUAUCGCCAUCGCCGGCCUCGUCUUCGUCGUCAUCCCAAUCAUCCAAUCAACGUCCCCUGAACCGUGUUCUAGCCAAUCCCUGGUGCUCCCGGGGACCGUUAAUGUUUGACCCAAAGAUCAUUGCCGGCGCGAAACCUUCGGCAGCGACUGCAGUAACGGCAGCAUCUACGGUGGCGUCGAUUGCGCCUUCCUCCACGAGCCCUUUGAUACCGCUGAUAAAAACGGAAGUCGAGAGAAAAGUGAUGCUAAGCACGUAUGCUAAUAGCAGUGUAAUUGAACGAAACAGAUUAUCUAUCAAUUAUCCCUAUCCGGUCGGGUUUUUCAAUGCUUAUGCUGCGGCAGCAUCGAUGGCGACCCAUCAUCAUCAUAAUCAGCGGCAGCAUCUGCCCCAACCAAGUGUCGCAGUUCCGACGGUCCUCAGCAGCUUGUACCAAACCGAAAAAAGUGAUGAAAACCAAAACAGUAUUUUUAGUGCAACGGUUAACAGUUCUGGUGGGAAUUUGUGUGCCAGUGGUGCCCACCACAAUAGUGAUAUGCAUUCGUUCUUUGGGAUAGACAACGCCGACAUGAUAGGAUAUGGAUUAGUGUCGAGGCAAACAUCUCCCGUCGGCACAUUUCCAAUAGGCUUUCCGGAGUUCUCGUUCCAAUGCCAAAUCUGUGAUAAAAUAUUCGGGAGUGAGGAUACGCUGAUGACCCACGAAAAAACACAUAAAUCACCUCGCUUCGAAUGUGAGGAAUGCGGCAAAGGUUUCUCCCAGUUGCGAAACUACAAAUACCACAUUUCGGUUCACCGUGGCACGAAAGAAUUUGCCGCCAAAUGUCCCGAGUGUGGUAAGGUGUUCAACGACAAGGGCUACCUAAGCAGCCAUCUGAAGAUCCACCGCAACAAGAAGGAAUACGCCUGUCCGCACUGCCCCAAGUCGUUCAACCAGCGGGUCGCGUUCAAUAUGCACGUUCGGAUUCAUACUGGCGUGAAACCACACAAAUGCAAUGAAUGCGGAAAGCGAUUCUCUAGGAAAAUGCUUUUGAAGCAACAUUUACGUACUCAUUCCGGUGAAAAGCCAUAUCAGUGCUCGGUGUGCGGAAAAAGCUUUGCUGACCGUAGCAAUAUGACUCUUCAUCAUCGACUGCACUCUGGGAUCAAACCAUUUGCUUGUCCAAUCUGUCCAAAGGCGUUCACCAAAAAGCACCACCUGAAGACACAUCUGAACUACCACACCGGCUACAAACCGUACAAAUGUCCGCACCCUAAUUGUGGUCAAACGUUUACACAGUCAAGCAACAUGAGAACCCACGCGAAAAAAUGCCAAUUCAAACCGCCGGACCAAGCAUUAUGAGACUGUCGCUUUAUGCUCCAUUGAAAAUAUGUGAGCAGUUAAAUUGUGACUAUUUUACACUUAUUAUUUAUUUUGCUUUAUAAUGAAAUGCUCAAAAUGUGCUCAACUAAUAAUGUUCUACAAUGAUUUUUUUUCUCGAAAUAAAGCGAGGCAUUAAACGAAGUGUUAUGAAUUUUUAUCAA